AUGGAUCAGAUAUCUCUUAACCAUGAGGCCUCGGCCGGUGAUACACAUAAGCAAUUGGUUACGUCGCUUCCUCCAGAAGUUGUCCAAUGCCUCGAAAAUGCUCGCUUUCUUCACCUGGCGACAUGUACCGAUAACCAACCGCACGUGUCGUUGAUGAAUUACACUUAUAUCCCUUCCUCACAAUAUUCUUCUGCGCCGGUCAUCGUCAUGACGACGAAUCCUUCGUCUAAGAAGACCAAUAACCUCGUGGUCAACCCUAACGUCUCCUUAUUAGUUCACGACUGGGUCUCACAUAGGCCGCCAACCCAAGGCCGGCGGAUGUCAGGUGGCUCUCCUGGACCCGAGAAUAGAUCGAGCCUGGCAUCACUACUACUAAACCUUAACACGAGCGCCAUAUCUAGCAUCAGCGCAACAAUCAAUGGGACGGCGGAGCUCGUGUCCCGCGGCUCGGCCGAGGAGGAAUUUUAUCGUAGCCAGCAUCUCGAGAACAACACCUUCGACUCCGAGGGCGGCGUCGCGUUUAACACUGCAGGUGGUCUGACGCCAGGAGGGCAAGAAGAUGGUGGUCGCGAGUGCUUCGUUGCGGGCGAAGAGGUGCGCGUUAUAUUGGUGCAUAUCAAUGAUAUACGGACCAGCGACUGGAAAGGUAGCGUCAAGGAUUGGGUUUUGGUUCCGGAUGCGAAUCCGGCACCGACUAUGAAUGGCGGAGGGACUGGUCUGUGA